AUGUCUUCUGAACCCUCACCGGGAUCCACUACACCAGACAUCAUGCGGGCUUACAGUUAUCCUCCCUCGCCUUCAUCUCCAGACACGACAUAUCCCAAUAGACCAUCAGAUGGUAAUCCAUCUCUCCAGCCACCAGGUUCUAGAUUUUCAGGUACUUCAUGGAGUCCGACGUCGAUGCUGUUUACCGCAGACAAAAGCCUGUUAGGGUCGAGCGAGACUAACGGAAUCGCCGUUUCGAUGGAAUUUACCGGAAAGGGACCCGGUUCCACGACAAACGUCUGGCGUGGCUGGAGAGUCGUUCUUUUUGGCUCAUGGUUCAACCUUUUAUUGCUGUUGAUCCCUGUCUCUUGGACGCUGAGCUUUGUGCUCGAGAAACACCACAAGGUUAUCUUUAUCUUCAGCAUCCUGUCCAUGAUUCCCCUUGUAAAGCUUCACGAUCUUUCAAGUCGUGAGCUGGCACUCCGUAUUGGAGGUACAAAGGCUGGUUUGCUUAAUGCAAGUAUGAGUAAUACCGUGGAGAUGGUUAUCGCGAUCACCUGCGCUCAGGAAGUGCGAAUUAAGGAUCGUACAGUCUUCGCUAAUCGGUUCAAUUUUGAGCAAACUACGUACGUCGUGCAUGUCACUGCGUUGUCUAAUGACCAUCCUCAUUCAUACUUUUCAGUCCUUGUCCUCGGAAUGUGUUUCUUUGCAGGCGGACUCCGCUUCUCUGAGCAAGGAUUCGACCAGACCGCUACGCAGAUACACUCAUCACUUUUAAGUAUUAGCGUUGGGGCUCUGCUUCUUCCUGCUGCAUAUCACUUUGCGAUCAGCGGCGACAAGGAUUCUGGCUCCCAUGAGCAGAAGAAUGAUAUUCUGAAGAUGAGCUAUGGAGUCUCGAUCGUACUCAUGUUUAUUUAUAUUGCAUAUCUUCUCUUCCAGUUCUGGUCCCACAAGCAUCUCUACAAAGAUACCAAGAAAAAGAGCGACAGGUUAUCGGUCAAGAUACCAGUCAAUCCGCGUUAUCUUUCCGAGAAGCUCUCUAUGUCCAUGUCCCUGAACGACAGAACUGGUAGUAUGCAUGAUCGUCAAAUUUCGAGUUCGAGCUCUCGACGUAUUUCAGUGGUGUCUUCCAUUUUCCCUCCGCUGCACAGAUUUCCCUAUAGGAAUUCACCAUUGAAUUCUUCCUCCGAGGUCACGCUGACAGGAAGCAAGGAAAAUCUGCCAGAAACAACUAACCAGGGUGCUACCGAAGAGUCUGCCGAUCGGUUGGUCGAGGAAGAGUCACCACAAGAUACGCAACCCGAACAUGGUCAUGUAGAUGGCAGCACUAUCGGCCCCUUAAAUCCGCCUUGGAGCCCAUCACCCAUACCAUCCACCGCCGAUACCAGUCCCUUCCGCGGCACAUCACCAGAGCCAGAGCCUAUGACUACCUCUGAACAGGCAAAUCUGCGUAGGUCGCCAUCAGCGGCGGAAAGUUUCAGAGAGCCGCAGCUUAGCUGGAUGGUCACUCUUCUGUUAUUGACGGUGGUCACUAUUACAGUGUCUAUCACUGCUGAAGAUCUCGUGGAAUCCAUGGACGGAAUCUCAACAACGGUUAGCAAGCAAUGGGUUGGUCUUGUCCUGCUUCCUGCAGUCAGUUCUAUCGCAGAAUGUGUAACUGCCGUCAAUACGUCUGUGAAGGACCAGCUGAAUCUGAGCGUGAGUAUCGCUGUCGGGUCGUCGAUACAAACCACUCUCUUGGUUAUCCCGUUCAUGGUCACCCUUGGAUGGAUCAUAGACAGGCCACUGGCUUUAUUAUUUGACCCGUUUGAGUCUGUGGUUCUCUACGUGUCAGUGCAAACCAUGAGUUAUGUGGUUGCGGACGGGAAAUCAAACUGGCUAGAGGGUAUAAUCCUGAUCUGCUUGUACGUCAUCAUAGCCGUGUCCUUCUGGUUCUACCCUAGUGAGGUCAACAGUCAUUUGACGCUUUGA